AUGGGAUCACUGAUGGAGACUUGCAUCAAUCUGAUGCAAGCGCAGUUUACGAGUUUCGUCUCUUCUGACCACUUUGUUCGCCUGCCAGCUGACACCGUGCUGACUUUGUUGCGAAACGACAAUCUGUCAGUGGACUCCGAGGAGGCAGUUUUUGAGGCGAUUUCAAGCUGGGUGGGUGCCGGCGAUAAAGAGUGCGAUAAUGAGAGACUGAGAUUGCACGCCCCCGAGAUGUUAAAGGAGGUUCGUUGGUGUCAGACGACUGUCGAAUUCCGCAGUCGCGUAGUCGAUAGUCAUCCAAUGUUCCAGGAUAGCACCAGCUGUGCGUAAGUAAAUGUUGUUUCAAUUCGUCAUUUAUUUUCUAAUGAAAGUCGCUUUAUGGCUCAGGUGGAGCAGUGGAUGACCUACGCAGACAAAAACAAGCCUCUGUGUCCCUUCAACCGACGUCGGAGACCGCAUCCGACGAUCUUCGUAUUUGGAAAGGACAAAGAGCAGGACAGGUGGUCUGUUCUGCGUUUUGAUCCGCACCUCGAAAAGGAAGAGAGGAUUGCCGACAUGGAGAAGCGAGAAUACGCCACCUACAGUGUCGUGGGCGGUGAGUUGCCUGACAGUUACGCAUCCCCUCUUCUGCGCACCUGCCUUGUUUUCCUCUUUGUCUAAUUUGACCAGUUGGUGUCCCUUUUUGCCAGAAUUAUAACAAAUACACACACCUUGCUGCCAGUGCAGCUGCCAUCGCCGCAGAAUGCAUAGGAUAGCAGUAGUAUCAGUAGUAGUAAUUGAGGGGUUUUUAGGUCUUGGCGUUGUCCAUUCGCCUGGCCUGUCCCGACGCGUUUGCUGUUUUCCGUCUUCAAUUUACCCAACCGUGUUUGGUUUGUGUCCGUCACUGGCGGCUACUCAACUGGGAAAUUUGUCCAUCCACGUCUUUUUGUCCGACAAUGUUGUUCCCCCUCUUUCUGUCAACUGCACACCUUUUUUUCUUAUCUUCUUUUAUCUUUCCACUUUAUCUUUCUUCCGGGCAAUUUUAUGAAACUUUUUUCUAUCCCACGCCAUCCCACGGAAGAGAGCAUUUUCGUGGUUGGAGGAGACACUGCGCAAGGAUGCUACUCCACGAGUGUCGAGGAGUUUCUGGUGGCAGAAGGGCGCUGGCGCAAACGGGCGUCCCUCGCUGUUGGACGCAACAAGCACGCAGCCGUAGUCGUGACGGAAGCCGGAGGGGAGACGCUUAUCGGCGUUUUCGGUGGAUUCCACAGUAACGAUGAACGCCUUUCCUCUUGUGAAGUCUAUGAAGUCAGUCGGGACAGGUGAGAGCACACUCGUCCUGGCGCCUCCUUCUUUUUUCUUGCAAAAUCUUCCUGUUUUGCCUUCUCACUCUUCGCCUCCUCCUCCUCCCCAACACACACAGGUGGUUCAAACUGCCUGAUCUGCGAGAGAAGAGGAGCUCCACAGCUGCUGCCUACCUGCCCGGCGACAGUCGAAUCUUCGUUUUUGGCGGCUCGAAUGGCCCCUGCCUGGCUUCUGUGGAGUUCUGCCACCUGCGAGCAGACUGGCGAGAGAGGGCGACCUCGUCGGACUUUUGGCAGCCAGCCGCACCCAUGAGAACUGCACGAUGGGGGCUGGCAGCGACACACUUUCGGGGGAAAAUCAUUGUCGCCGGGGGAUCUGGUGGUGGAAACGUGGUGGAGAUGUUCACACCACCAGACGCCAGGUGUCCCCGGGGCCAGUGGACACAGUUGGCCGGCAUGAAAAAACACCGAGAGUAUUUCUCUCUUCUCACCUCCACCGACGACGCCGUCUUUGCUCUCGGUAAUGAUGCCUCCUCCUUUGCUCUACACUGACUGCAUUCCUUCUCCAUUCUCUCCUCUUUUUCAUGCCAUUCCAUGGCCUUUUCUGCGUAAUCCCUUUUUCCGAGGAAGAUUAAAACAGUCCGUAUGAUGACAACCAUAUGAAAAUGUGACUUUGCAUGUCUUUUCGACAUCUUCCUAUACACAACGAGGUUAGGGCCGAUGGUAGUCCGUUUGCAGUGCAAAUCGUCUGCUUAUUAAAAUAGAUCUUUUUACGAGAAUCAUGUAGCCGGAUGGUUAAAGCGUCUUCAGUAGUUACUGCGUUCAAAGCUUACUUUGUCUGCUCCGAGUUUUAUUGAAAUAUAUUUUAACUCGCGGUAUUGUGCAAAUCGUAUGCUAAUGUUGUCUAUUUUGAUAUUUAUGAAAGUAGAAUUUCACUGGAAUUUUCCACAAUUAGCAGGCUCAGGAAACACAGUGGAGACUUUCACGGCACCAGGCGGGUCAGCUGAUGUCAGCAACGACUUGACAGCUUGGAGCUGGUCGUCGAAGAAACCGCUGGAGACGCUUGCAUGGAUCGCUGGAGCUGCAAGCAUUCGCAUGUAA